GGGCUAAAUGUUAGGGGCCAUUGCUGCUCUGCCCUCCCUGUUCCUAUGCCUAUGUAAGGGACUGGGAGUAAUGAUUUGUGUUCACGAAAGUAGCCCAAUGGUCUUGGCCGGUGGCCCUGUUCAGUAAGAUGCAUAAUAAUAGCGGCUAAGUGAAUAUCAAGUAAAACUGAAAUAGCAUAAUGUUUCAAACGGGUAUGCUUGGGGCAACAUAUAUAGUGAUAUUCAACGAACCCCGACUGGACUGGGCUCAGUUUAUAGACUCGACUCGACUGGGCUGGGCUGUGAGUUGGCGGACAGUGACAAACGCUUCUCACUGUCUCAGUGUACACUACCUCGGAUAAAAAGAUCAAUUUUUUUUAGUAGUCAACGCCAAAGCUAGCAGAUGACUGUCCACUAGGUAGCUAUUCGUGAAGUUCCCAUCUUCUUCUUUGUGGGUUAAGGCGCAUAGCCAUCAGGCGUGAAGUUCCCAGAGUAUAUAGAGCUCCAACGUUCCUACGCCUUUGCAUUAAUUUGCAAUAAACAUUCGUCUGUCUUUGAACCUGGCAUGAAAGUUCAAAUAUUCACUCAAAGACACAGUAGUCUUUGAACCCGGCAUGGAAGUUGAAAGAUUCACUCACAGACACAGUAGGAACUUAUAACUCACGCACCUAAAAUUGAAAUGAAUGCAACUGAAAUAAGCAGAUUUUCUGUGAAAAUGUUUGUUACUCACAACCAGACCAGGCGAAUUUACAAUUGGCUCAGAAUGUUUUUGCACUUAUUGGUUUCAGAUGAAUGUGAAGCUAUCAUGUUCUUUGUGUCACCACACUGACACAGACUUGAGAGAGUUUUGCCUGCAUUUGCGACGACAUGGAUCAGACCCUUAUUUUCACGUGGAUUGCCCGAUGUGUCGCAAGAAGUUCACCACUGUUCGGUAUUGGAAAGAUCAUGUUUUGUCUAGAAAGUGUUCUCCGGUUGAAGCUGCUGGUUGUGCUUCAAAUGCUCCAGAGACAUCUUCGUCUCAAAAUCAACAAGAAACUGGUGUCGAGAUUGAUUCUGACUCUGGUGACAAGGUUGAAGACGACCCUGGUGCUCACGAUGUGAGAAAACAACUGUUAGGACUCAUAAUCAAACUCCGCGCCCAAAAUGUGACCGAAAAUAGCUGCCAUGCUGUGCUGGAGUUCAUUGAGGACUUUUCGAAAGAAGUCAUCCAAGAGUGUCUGAGCUUAUGUGGGGAGGCACCAUGCUGCCAUCUUGAAGAAUAUUAUCAUAAACUCAAGACUCUGAAUGAGCUGAGCAAGUUACAGGGUAGCGACCACCUAGAACGCACAGCUGUCAAGGAGUUUGAAACGGUUGAUCCUGUAUCUGUGACAUUGGGCACAGACGAACAUGGGAAAGAUGAAACGCUCCAAUACUUGCCAGUUACACCUCAGCUUAAACAACUCUGCGAGCAAGUGAAUGCUUGCGAAGAUGCAACUGCAUCACCAGAUGGGAUACUUGGUGGCCUUCAGGAUGGAUACGUCCAUAACAAUAAUAACAGCGAAGGUCGUUUGCUUCUUUCAGUCUACUAUGACAGUUUUCAAGUAGGCAACCCCUUGGGCAGCAGAGCAAAGAACCAGAAAGUGGGCGUUGUUUAUUUUUCAGUGAACAGUCUUAAGAACAGCGCACUUCGCAACAAAAUCAUCCUUUCGGUAGUCUUUCGAGAGGCACUGCUGGCAACACAUUCAUGGGCAACACUGCUCGACCCACUCAUCACCGAACUUAAAGAGCUUGAAUCAAGCGGUUUUGUGGCAAACAUUCGUGGUGGCUCGCAUUUUACUGCACACGUUGCAGUGUUGAUCGGUGACAAUCUGGGCGUACACAGUGUGGCGGGCUUUUCACAGUGCUUCAGUGGGGGUGCAAUGAUUUGCCGACACUGUCAUGGAACGGCAGAUGAGAUACGAACAAAGACGAAGCUGGAAGAGUUUGACCUCCGUUCCAAAGAAGAUUAUGACUCCAAAGUGAAGCUUUUGCUUGAAGAAGGUUUCGGUGAAUCACUCUCGAAAGCGUACGGCAUCCGAAGCACGUGUCCGUUCAGCUCAUUGACGGGCUUUCACCCGAUGACGUCGAUACCCCCUGAUGUGAUGCAUGAUCUUCUAGAGGGCGUUGUGCCGUCCACCAUUGCUCUGGUGUGCGGUGGUUUGAGCUCUCGCGGUGAUUUGUCUCUGAACGAUGUGAACAGAGCUAUCAGGUCAUUCCCAUACAGUCAGGUGGACACAAAUCAUCCCGCCCCGUUACGCCGUGAUGGAAAGGGUAUAACUGUGAAGCAGCAGGCGAGUGAGGCUUGGUGUCUUCUGAGGCUUUUGCCAUUGAUUCUCCUGAGUGCAGGUGUUCUCUCAUCGGCUGUGUCUGGGAGCAAGAUGUACUCCCUGCUCGUGCAGUUAAUCAAAAUCAUGCUCCUACUCACUGUCUUCACGGUGUCACUGCAAGACUUGGAUAUCCUGCAAGGGAUGGUGGAAAAGUUUUUGACAGACCUUCUCGCAUGCUUUCCGGAGUUCAAACUGACGCCGAAGCAUCAUUUCCUCUUACACUAUGCCGAUCAAACGAGGAGACAUGGCCCAUUGAGGUAUCUAUGGAGCAUGAGAUACGAAGCCAAACAUCAAACCUUGAAGCGGUCUGUGGCAAACUCGCGCAAUCGUAAAAAUAUAUGCAAGAGCAUCGCAACUCGUUAUCAGCUGAAGAGUGUCGCAGAUGCAAUGGAACUACGCGGUCGUAUGAGCGGCGGGCAAGCUUUCAGGGGAGAGGUUCCGGAAGCGGCUGCUGCAUUGACGAGAGGGGCACAGCUUUUCAAAAAGGCGCUAAUAAACGGCGAGAAGUACUGCGCGGGUGAAGCUCUGCUGCUGCACACUGGUGUCGCUGUGAUUAUCUGCAUUUGCAAACAUCCAAGCAGCGUUGAGUCGGACAAACAAUUCCUGGUGCAGCACCAGGUGGCCAUUUAUGACACAUCCUUGGGAGCUUUUAUCAUUUCUGGAACAGAUCAAUAUGAUGUAUUCGACUGUGCGAGUCUCGUUGAUCCCCAGCCCCUCGGCACGUACUGGAUCAAUGACCACCACUAUGCCGUUCCUCGGAGGCUGAUACCCGGCUACGGGAUGCUGUAGAACGAUAGGACCACGAUCGCCAUGCUGACCUACGUGGUGCAGCAACACGACAUCAACCGACUUGUGACUGUGAAGAAUAAGGGUGAUGUUUUGGCGGCCGCAAAAGAGGCGUUUUCUCUGUCUGGCAGUUAUUGCUUAGAGCUUUACCACAAGGAGUCCGAAUUGUAUGUUCGCAUCGAUAACCCAGUAGACGACCUACCAUGUGGCGGACGGAUUCGCCUUGUCCCCGUCCAAGUCUCCAGCCCACCAGUGUCAUUCAUCCAAAGAUGUCUCAGCACGGCCGACACCAUCCCCGUCCUGACGAUGACAGCUUCUCCUGGCGCCUUGGGAACUCCCUCCUGUUCCAAGGAUUCAGCAGUGAUCGAUGACCUUUUGGUGCCAUGCUCUUCCUCUGUGAGUUCUGCCGUCGGCGAAACGGCACAGGACCCGCUUGCUCUCACCGACGGCGGGACCAGUGACAACGAGUCCAGCAAGGACGCCGGGACCAGUGCGAGCCGGCAGGUGUUCGUCCUGGACACGAAAGCGCUUCCACCAUCCGUCCGCGAGACUAUGGAAAACGGCGGUGACCACAGCAAAGGAGAGCGAAGAGACAUAAUGGCUGCUGUGUAUGAACAGUACACGAAGACGUGUCGCAGCAGGUACCUGAACAACGUAGACGCUAUCGCAGCUGACGUCGCAGAACAAUUCCCUGGGUUCGGGAAAGGACUGCGGCUGUCGGACCGGCUGAAACUUGUGAAGGAGUCACUGAUCAAUAAGUUCAAGAAUAAGAGGAAAGCAUGCGACGACCUCGAGGUUCAGCAGCGCAAGAAGACACCGAAGAAGCUUCCCAACUUCCUCCCAGACAUCUCCCGUGUGGACGGGAUGAAGGUGCACGAGUGCGUACUCGACAUGAAGAAGGGCACUCUCAACGAAAGCCAGGUGCAGGAAGCGAUGAAGAUAACUCUCCCAGACCGGCGUCGGAUGCUGGCCGGUGUCAAACGCGCAAGAAAAAGCAUCGCAGGAGUGAAAGCCAAGUAUCCACUGCUUUUUAACGAAAAUGAGAUAUGGGAAGAGUAUGCGCGACUGAAGUCGGACGCUCGGGGCGGCAAGGCCGUCCAGGCUGAUGCACUACGGGAGCUCAAAAAAGUUCUUCGCAACGUACCCGGCCACGACGCCGAAGGUCUGGUGGCCUCCCUGAAGGAACUGGAAACAGUUUUUGUAGAAGAGGAAGGACAUCAUACAUACCCCGUGAUCGUGCGGCGGGGUGGUAGUGCUGCCCUCUUCGUGGAGGGGGUGCACUGCGCCGCCCUCAGUGGGAGCGAGGAGCUCCAGCUCCUCACGUGGGCGGUAUCGUUUUCCGUGUUCUGCCAGCCGCUCUACUACCUUGGCAUCAAGAACACGGCCACUUUCCUGGCGGUAUACGUAGUACAUUCCGACGUUAAGAAGGAUGUUCCGACGGCGCUCCAGGCCGUGCUCACUAAACUUCUCCCAGCCGGCGAGCUGCAGCACUGAGCGAGAGAGAGAGAGGUCCUGGUUUCCGACUCAUUCGCCGGUUUUUCAUUGACUGCGGUCGAACUGGACGAGGGCGUGGUCCUGUCACGCCCCACUGCCACAUCGCCUGCCCAUUAUUCGCCCUUCAUGGGAGCCACGGACGUUGCUUUGAUGGCGGUGUAUAUGUGACAGGGCCCACUGCCACAUCGCCUGCCCCUUAUUCGCCCUUCAUGGGAGCCUAGACACGGACGUUGCUUUGAUGGUGGUGUAUAUGUGACAGGGGACUUUGUUUAAGUGUUUAAGAGGGUUACGUUUUUGCAGCGCUAAAACUAGAAAAAAAACUGGAUCCCUGAAGUAAGGGAACGAAUGGUACGAGAAGGCGUCAAUGAUUGUGCACUGUGACUGUGCAGUGAAUAGAAAAAUAGAAAGCGCAUGCUUCUGUUAUGUGUUAUAUUUCGUGUUGUAUUUCGGGGAAAUAUAUCCGUACUGACCGGGUAA